CAUGAACACAAACAACGAGUGCGAGCUCGAUCUACAUUCCAUUAUUCCAUGUCGGAACGCCUACGGCCAUUUCUGGAGAAAAAUUCUAACCUCAAAUAGAAAAUGGUUGCACAUCUAAUGGGGGUGUUUCUGUAAGGAAUAAAGUACAAUAACAAAGCGUUUCCCUUCUGUCGCCUUCUACACGCAAGUGUAGGUAUGUCUUCAAUAAAUAGUGGAGAGUCCAUUGGGACACUGCAGUGGGAUAUGAUCGAAUUAGCUGGACAUCUUAGACAAGAACGUUUGUUUGUUACGUCCGAACAGCAAAAUUUACGAACUCUUAAUGAAAAGGUUCUGUAUAUAUCAUCAGAUUUAGCUCAGCAGGCUUGGGUUACCGCUCAGCAAAGAGUAAAUUUAAAUCGGCUGAUCGUAGCUAGGCCAGAUUGCACCCCUGCAUCAUGCUGUCAAAGAGCCAAUACUCUUGAAAAUUCUCAUUUUGUCGAUGCUUAUAAACACUUAAGAUAUCAGACGUGUCUCGCAUAUGGAGAAUUUUUAGGCAGUCUGCGAAAGUCUACCAAACUUCUCGCUUCCUGUUUAGUGGAAGGUGAUAGGGUUGCACCUGAGAUUAUGCAAAGUGUGAUUCAGUCUUUAGCAGCUGGAUUGUUUGGUAGUUGUUUAUUACCAGAAGAUAAGAUUCUGGUUUUAAGACUGCUCCAACAUUUAAUGUUCUUGCAAAUUAUACCAUCGGAUAAUCCUCGAAGAUUGCUCAGACAUGGCACCUGUGCCUUUUCAAGAUUUUAUUCAGUGUUUCAUGAGAGUCUGUUUUCGGCAAAAUUAUUUUUAACUGCCGCUUUACAUGGACCUAUCAUGCAACUCUUGAUGGAAGAUGAAAUGUUUUUGGAUAUCGAUCCGGACAAAGCUGCAAUAAGGUUUCCUCCAGCAGAGAGACUGAACAAGUUCGGGAAGGAAGGUACACCAGAGUACCAAGCAAAAUUACAGCGUUAUAGGUUAUGGACGAUUAAAUCAUUGGUACGCAUUACCCAAAGAUUCAUUGUAAGCAUUCGGGAAAAUAUGCAUUGUUUUCCAACUAGUGUCUGCUGGUUGGUUAGACAAAUGGCAGGAUUGUUGAAUAAAAAUGGAAACGUAGAUCCAAAGGAGGUACAUGCUAUGUGUACGGAUCUCGUAUUCACAUACUUUGUAUGCCCUGCGAUAGUUAACCCGGAACCUUAUGGUAUUACCGAUGCACCAAUUAGCUACGUUGCAAGGUUUAAUCUCAUGCAAGUUGGCCAGAUCCUGCAAAUGUUGUCACUUAUGAAAUAUCAAAAUGUCGAUAGCAAGGUAAUCGAUCUGUAUAGACGAUUCGAAAAAGAUUCAGUAUCCUCCAUUCUGGACACAAUGUUAGAAGGGGCUACCGAUGAACUCGAUGAAGAGCCUACAAUUAUCGAUAGCAGUAAAUUACAGGGUCUCUCGCGUUCUGCAGCUUUAUUUACAGAAAAUGAAUUGAACUGUUUAAUAACAUUUCUCCAAACAGUAAGCAAUGAUAGUCGCGGAGACAGUAUUGUACCACCAGGUACAGUUGAUAAAAAAGAGUUGAACGAAAUGCUUUCGCAAUUACCUCCUGGACCACUGAGUACUAACAAAGUCAUCAAUAAUGUGUCUCCGGAAACUCCAAGCAAACGGGGAGGACUUCUGGGCAAAGUUGCACGAGGACGUAAUAAUCGUACUCCUUCAUCUUCAUCAAAUGCUGUAGAGGGUGGAGAUGAAAUAAAUGGAGCUUCAGGUCCUGAAGAUGAUCUUUUAGAUAAGACUGCUCAAGAUGUUCUUGUAAUUCCUUUCGGUCCUACGAUCAGUGAAUCAGUAGGUCUUCUCAGUGAACAAAAAGUUUUGUGUAUGGCAAUACAAAAUGAUAUUACCAGUCCAGUAACUCUGGAUCUUCCGCAUGAUCUGCCAAAUGGUCAUGAUCGACGUGAUGCAAGCGGGAUAGAACGGAUUGAAACGCAGGAAAAAAGAACUCGCUUUUCCUUAUCUCAUGAUGAAGUAUUUUUUGAAGGAUCAAUUGGAAAUACAUCGGACAAUUUGGAAGCUGUGUCAGAGGCUGCUUCGAACCACAGUGUUGCAUCUUCUUUGGAACUAGAAACAGAGGAUCAGAAUGAUAAUCUAUCGGACAUGGUGUCCGCAAAUGUAUCUGGAAGAGGAACACCAAACAUUUCAGGUCGUGAUACACCAUCGUCGCAAAUUACAGAGGGAGAUGAUGGUAGAGCUGCCGGGGAGGGAAGGCAAAUGGACUUGCCUCCUCCUACCAUACCGACUAAACAAAGCCGUUCUGAAAUAGACGACAAGUUUUGCAAAUUUGAAAUCAAGAAACUUAUUGAAGAUGAGACUGUUUCAUUGGUCUCCGACACAUGGUCUACCGAUGUCUUGGCUUCGGACAGUGAAAUAGUUGAACAGCAAGAACGUUUUCCAUUUCCUCCACCUCCUGAACAAACACCACCAGUUUUACCCUCAGAGCCUCCUCAAGGAAUGCUAGAUGUCAGUGAAACUGCAUCGGAAGCAUGGAGUACUGAUGUGCUAGCCAGUGACUCUGAAAGAUUAACGGAAGUGGACACCGAUGAUACAGCAAGUGUUGCUAGGUCUGAUGAUACUGCAAGAUCCGAAAUUGAAGUUGAAAGUCGUGGAGAACCCGAAGGAGGAGAAGACACUCCACCACCUGUGAAUCCUCAAGUAGCAGUCGAUGGUGCAGGAUCUCUGUUCCGACCUAUCCGCGAAGAUCCCAUUGGUCGGCCUACUUUAACUGUGCCUCCUUCACCGACAGCAUCUUUCACACCUUCUGCAUCAAACGUAACUGGUCGAGGUGGGACGAGACCUGAUUACAGACGCAACACAAUGGAGUACGUCGAUAACAAUGCUAACAAUAUUGGAAAUCUGGAGUAUGGGAAGUCGGUCGGCGAAGACAGAUUAGUGCAUUUAAUAGACAAGCUGCACAUCGAUAAUGGUAAGAGUAACAAUGAGAGGCAAAACACGAACAGUAAUCAUGUUGGAGCAGCCGCUGUUGCGCCUGCUUUGCUCUUGGCAAAUCACAUUUCUGCACCUGGUUUGCCCGUUGAGAAGAUGGCAAAUGGUGAUGUAAAAGGAGAGCAGGAAAUGGAAAGCUGUAUGCAUACCACUGGUGAUGUAGUAGUGAGGUUAAGCACUGCUAGUUUAACUUCUAGCAGCAGCUCAUGCUCCGAACCAAGAACAAAGAAUGUGACAUCUCCCCCAGAACUACAGAUGUCUCAGCCGACAACAAAUAACAGUAGCGAUGUAACAGAUUCUGCGAACUCUAUCAAUUCGAAACCGAGUCAAUCAACGGGCACUAUUCCAAAAAGUAUAAGCUUUGAUAUGACUGCUGAACGUGGGGACAAAGAACUUCUAGAUGACGAUCAGAAAAACAAACGGGGCUUCUUUGGAAAAAUAAAAAUGUCAUUGAGAAACCGUAGAGGCAAAGCAUUACGGGGUACGGAUGAACUCAAUAGAUGUUAUGAUCGAGAAGCAGGUGGUGAUGGAAUUGACAUCGGUAGACACAGACUGCGAAGGAUCAUGUCAGAGGACACAUCCGCUACAAGCAUUAACAGUGACAGCACUGAUGAUAUUUUGGCUAAGUAUCGGCGAAAGCCCAGUACAACAAGUGACACAGCUUCGGUAGAGACUAGCCAAUCGCGAACAAAAGAAGCAGAGGAUGAACGUUUGACCAUAGAUCCGAAUAACGUUGAAAUGUCGUUUGCUUUUGCGGAUGCAAAACGAAAAUUACGCAUGGUACUUAGUACGGCUGAUCUUCAACACAUUCCUUGGAGCACUGCAUCUGACCGAAAUACAUGGAAUCAGAAGGAAAACGAACUGGUGGCUUUUCUACAGCUUCAGUUGGCCGAAGCUAUUAAUUUGCAGGAUAGAGCACUAAUAGCUCACCUUCAUGAAACGUUACGUUGUGUCAGACUUUUUAAUGACGAAGGCUCCAGAAAGUUAUUUAAAUCUCUCCGAGAUGAUUACCAGAAAAGAUCACCAUACAUUGCUUACUUAAUUAGAUGUCGACAAGGUUUGCUAUCUACGCUGGCACAUUUGGAUCGGUUACAAGAGAGGGUAAAGUGCGACCGUGAUGCUGUGAACAGUCACUUAGUUUCCGUGUGCGUUCGCGUAUUUUUGGAAAAGAGAGAAGCUAAUCUGUUGCGCUUCUGCGAGGAGUUCAAAAAACUCACUUUGGCCGAUGAAAAGCAGGAUCUGGUUGAUACUUUCUUAGGGAAGAUUUAUGCAGAAAUGGAAAACGAUACCAUUUGGCAAGUUGCAAGUGAAAGUCAACUUGAAUUAGGCAGAGCGGUGGUCGAAAGAACGGUUAUGGCCCGUGUUUAUCAUAACGCUCUCUAUCCAAAUGGCGAUGGUGAUAUUCACAGAGAUCAACUGUUACAUGAACACAUUAAAAAAUUGGCUAAAGUGGUGACACCCAAUCACAAAGAUCUGCGCAUUCGAAAGAUUUAUCAUUAUGAAUCUCCUUGGCCUUGGGCGCAGGCGGAAUUAGCUGUGAUAUCAGCAUACAAAACGCCCCGAGACAAGCUUCAUUGUGUAUUUCGAUGCGCCACAACAAUUAUGAAUUUACUGUCAAUGGCAUCCGAAAGAGAAAUACCCGCAGCCGAUGAUUUAAUUCCUAUACUUGUGUACGUCAUUAUAAAGACUAAUCCACCCUCUCUCUUGUCGACUAUCCAAUACGUGGACAGUUUCUAUGGAAAUCGCCUGGAAGGCGAAGAACAAUACUGGUGGACUCAAUUUUGCUCUGCAAUUGAAUUCAUCAAAACGAUGGAUUAAUAACUCG